AUGAUGAAACCUAAUUUCGACACCCAAGAUGGAUCCCCUUCUUCGGAUGCUCAGAAUUCUGGGAUCAAGGACGCCGUAUCAGAUGCUCGGAAGAUCAACGAGGCCUCAGGAAAGACUAGGAGCUCCGAAUAUCUCGAGUCCGGUUUCUUCAAUAAAGAUGGCGGUAUCUCCAGGUCUAGUAGCCCUACUCCUUCUGAGGCACCUCUUACAAAUGAAAACAUGAGCCACACAGGAAAGCAUAAAGACCAAAUUCCAGGAAAUAGCCCUGAUUGCAAUUCCAUUUCCGUUACGGAAUCUUCCAAUCCUAUUACGCCUCCAAACAAAACCUGGAGACCAAGGAUUGCUAAAACUUCAACUGGAGAUACCAAUGGAAACCCUACAUGGCUGUAUAAGAGUACACGGCCUAUCGAUAAACCUUGGAGGAGAGACUCGGCUCCAGUGAUUGAAUACUCCUCCUUGAAGCCACGGUCUUCUGGGGAUAGAACCGGGUAUGAUUCGUCUUCCAAGGAUGAUAUACCUUUGGUUUCAAAUUUGAACGGUGUCGUACCUGAGCCUGAGCCUAAGCUUGAGCCUGAGCUUGAGCCUGAGCUUGAGCCUAAGCCUGAGCUUGAGCGCAAAACUGUUCUAGGCUGUUCGCAGUGCCUCACACAACCAAAGUUAAAGGUUAGCCCGUGUGGAUGCCUGAUUUGCUUAAACUGUGGCGGAAGAUAUUGGGGAGCAGGGCAAUCCGGGAGUUCCGUUUAUUGUGGUUGUGGUGAGGCAGUUUCAUGCAUGAUAAAUUUUGAUGCCAUGAAGAAUAAUAAUGCACCCAGACAUUAUGAUAUGGUUUCGCAAAUUGCGGCCCCUCAUGUUCUUGCUUACCUUCCUGAGACGGCAAUUAAUUUACCAUCGAUAUCUCCAACGCCUUACAACCUCUUUCCAAAAUGGCAACCUGAGCAGUUCCCUCAAAAAUCGUUCCCAAUUUCACCCGUCGCAUAUCCGACACCAAAUAUCACUCCUGUGCCUCCAGCUAUCGCCCCUGCUGACCCCAACAUCAACCAUUUCUUAUUCAGAGAUGCCGAGACUGCGAUACAGAAUGCACCAUUUAUCGAGCUGGGGAGGCAUGCUUUAGCUCAAAACUGGAGCUGUGUUAGAGUGGGCAACAUACCCUACAAUGUGACGACUACAGAGCUCACCGACUUUUUGGGCAAAAAUUCAAACAUUGUCCCGGAUUCUAUAGGCAGCUUAGGGGUUCAUGUCAUCAUGGAUAGAUCUACUGGUAAAACUAUGGAUGCGUUUGUAGAGUUUCUCAACGCAAAAGACGCCUGGAAGUGCGUCGCACGUCGCAAGAGUCGUGUAUUGGGUAAUAGACAUCUCACCUUAGAUGUUGUAGACCCAUCAGAUCUUAUGAAGGAGAUAUUUCCAAGAGCGAAAGGGAUUGUCUGGGAUGGUGUUAUCCCAGCUGUUCUACAGGAUCAGUCAGGACUUAGUGGAAUGAAUCCAGUGAUUUUAGGCCGUGAAGAGCUAGUCUUGAUCGUUGCUCAUGCAAAAACCCCGCAUAGAAGUCCAUUUAGUAGGAAAUGUCUUCAGAGACCAUUUCAAUCACUCCUUUCGAUUGUUUCCAAGUUCCCCUGGUUUUCAGUCGAUACCUACACCCUUGAACAACGGGACUAUAUUUUCAAUGCCCUGCUUCAAGCAACUGAUAUACUUAAACGUCAUAUCAAACAUGGAAAAUCUAUGCCAAACCUGGAUUCUGACUUACUGAAAAGUUUGGUCAGAGUUGGUGUUAAUUGUGCAGGAUUUACUGAUAUUCAAAAAUAUGAACUAAUUAAAACAGCUGAGUUCGGAGCCGAAGGAAUUCGGCUUGAGAGAAUCAUACCCGGCCUUGAAGGGUUUGAAGCUAUUGGUAGAAGGCCAGGGGUGGAUGUUGGAGUUCUUGAGUUAUACGCUCUUCUUCUCCGGCUGUCUGUCUCUCCUUUUCUGACAGAAAGUUCUCCAUCUCCUGCAGCCCUCUUUACUCUCGUCAAGAACGUUAAGCAAGGGGAUGGUGAUGGGGAUAAAUCCAAACUUACAAUGCUCGAGGCAGCAGUUCAUGAAUGGUCCAUCAUUGAAAGGGCCGCUAGAACUGUUUUACCGUCAAAGCCCCCGUUCGCAAAGAAUAUAUCUGGGACUAGAACUGAGUUUUUGCGUGACGGCUAUUAA